AUUUGAUCUUGAAAUAGAGGGCACGUUUCUACAGUUUCUACUCAUAACUUUCUAUUCUAUAUGUGUUGAACAAGCAACUGAGAUACACCGAAGAGAAGGGGAUCGAACCAAAAAAGAAAAGGAGACCGAAGAGAAGGGAAGAGGAAGAGACCAUAUAGGCUAUGUUCUCGACCCCGUGAAACCAUCUUGUUGUUGUCAUUUGUAAAUAAGUUAAAACCAAAUCUAUUUACCACCAAGAACAAAACCCAGAGCUUUCUUAAGGCAGGUGGUUUGGUUUUGGUUUCUUCAAUUAUGCAAUUCUAUAGAUGGCGUAACCUCUUUCUACUCAAGAGUUCCUUGGUUCCAGCUUUCUUACCUGCAAAACAAACGGCUACUGUUGCUACAACCCAUGCCGUUUCAUUCCAUUCCACCCGUUUUACCUGUGAAAAAUGGAAGAGCAAAUGGAAUUUUCUAUUUUUGCAGGAUGAAAGAAGCACUCGACAACCAACUAAGAGUUACGUAAGAUAUGCAAUGCGUCAAAAGCGAGCUGAAACAAAAAGAGCUUUGAGAAACCUUCUCUUCAAUAGCGAUGCCUCAACUAUUUCAUUUCAGGAUGAUGAUCCAAUAUGGAAAUUUGAUAGGACAGAAGGUUGGGAUUCAGAUGGCUCUGUUAAGAAGUGGCAGUCGAGGUUUUCUGGCCAACAUACUAGGAAAUCUAACCAUAAAAAAAGAAGGUUUAGAAAAAUUUUCUCUGAUGACUUUGAUCAUCCAGAGACAAUGUUUCAAACUGUGUUUGGGAAGAAAUGCUAUACUUGGUCUUUUAGUGGGGAUUUUACUUUCCGAAGUUCAGAAUCUGGAUUUGAGUGGAGAGAAAAAUCAGACUGGACCAAUCAAAGAACAGAAGAGUGGGAGCCUUCUAGUGAAAGUGAAUCUGUGGAUGAGUCAUAUGCUGUAGGAUCAUGUUCUGAUAGAGCAAUCCUUGGUCUGCCUCCAACUGGCCACUUAAAGCUCGAAGAUGUUAAAAAGCUUCCGCUUAUCAGCUUUAAAGUGGCAUCCUGAUAAAAAUCAAAGUCCUUCACAGGCAAUGGCUGAAGAGAAAUUUAAGACCUGUGUUGCGGCAUACAAAUCAUUAUGUAAUGCUUUAGCCUGAGGUGAUUAGUGCUCCUUCAAAUUUAAGCUACACAGAGAGAAUAAUAUCUAUCUAUUUAUAAGCAGUACUGAUUACCCGAGUUGGUUCUCCCAAAGUUUUAGUUUUUGGUCUCACAAUUGACAAUGGGCCUUGUAUUUUCUUUUUCUUUUUUUUAACAAGGGAACAUAGAUUGUAUAACUUCAAUAUGAAAUAUAAGGUGAUUAGAGAUCUUGAUGAUGA